UUCAAACUUAAGGGAAAGGAGAACCCACAAUUACCUGUCCCACAAUGCUGCUUUUCGUGUUUGUCUUGUCCCUUGUGGCUCAAGCCUGCUCAGCAUCUCCAACUGCCCAACAACCAAACCAAAAAACAGAUCAACAUGUCAAAAGCAUAUUCAUCCUGGCCGGACAGAGCAACAUGGCAGGUCGAGGUGGUGUGGUUAACGACACCACCACAGGCAUCGUCACCUGGGAUGGUGUCGUGCCGCCAAAGUGCCGCCCCAACCCGUCAGUCUUCCGGCUCGACGCAAAUCUCAGGUGGGUUAAAGCACGCGAGCCUCUCCACGCCGACAUCGACGUAGGGAAGACCAAUGGGAUUGGACCCGGUAUGGCUUUUGCCAAUGCGGUCUUGGCCAAUCACUCUAGUACGGUUGGCCGGAUUGGGUUAGUCCCUUGUGCGAUCGGUGGAACUAACAUAACCCAGUGGGCACGAGGCUCUUUUAUGUACAACCAGAUGAUCGGGAGGGCCAAGGUUUCGUUGCAGAAUGGUGGUUUGAUCAGAGCACUUCUGUGGUAUCAGGGUGAGAGCGAUACAGCUCGUAGAGAAGACGCUCGGUCUUACAAAAACAGAUUGGAAACUUUUUUGGGGGAUGUACGUUUGGAUCUGCAAUCUCCAGAUCUCCCAAUUAUCCAGGUGGCUCUAGCAUCUGGGGAAGAAGCAAGUCUGAUAGAGAUAGUGAGAGAAGCCCAGCUGGGAGUCGACUUUCUAAACGUGAGAACCGUCGACGCGAAAGGUCUUCCGUUGGAACCUGAUGGCUUACACCUCACCACCCCUGCCCAGGUUCAACUUGGGAAAAUGUUGGCUGAUGCAUAUCUUCAAUUCCUGCCCAGCGCCAUAAGUCAUGCUCCAGUAACAUAUCCUAAUUAUAUUUUCCAUUUUCUACUUUAUUUGGUAUUGAAAGUUCUCACCACGAGCUAGCUAAUUUGUUACUUCCUUUAUUCAGUGUUCACAAAUCCAAAUGUAUUUAGAGUAAUGGCCAAGCUACUAUCCUAAUUGAUACAGUUUUAGGACCCUUGUGCUUCAAGCAUUAGAAUUGUAAGAAUUCAUCGAUCACGACGAAAAAGUAUGAAGAACUCAAAUCCAAAAGGCCCAACGAUUCAUUAAACCGAGUCGAUUGGGAGCCUAGAUGAUCUCCUUUCUCUGCUCUGGGUCUGCUUAAGGACCAGCUUUGAGACUGACAAGAACACAGCCCAUAUGUCCAAAUACCCAAUUAAAUUUAAUCCAAAUUUUAAAUAGACCCAACAGUUUGUUUUUCU